AGGCCAUCACAAGACAUCAGUUUGGAAGAAUUUGAUGACGAAGAUUUGUCAGAAAUUACAGAUGACUGUGGAAUUGGACUGAACUAUGACUCAGAUCACUGUGACAAGGAAGGACUUGGCUUUGGAAGAUGCGAUCCUUCCCGUGCUAUCUGCACCUUUCAGGAGGAUUUCCAGGAAUUUGAAAUGAUUGAUGAGGAAGAUGAUGAAGAGGAAGAGGAGGAAGAGGAGGAACUCCAGCCUCAAGAAGACAGAAAACAAGAUGAGUCGCCUCCAUCACCAAGUCCUUCACCUCUUCCACCUGAAGAUUUACUGAAAAAUAGGCCAUGCACUCUGAGACUUAGUGCCCCUAGAACCCAGGACACACUUAACAACAACGGUGGAUUCAUUUCUCAGAGUGACAGCUGGGCAGAUCCUGAGAGAAAUGAGACCGAAUUGGUGUCCCAUACCCAGGUUUCUCAAUGUGAUGUAGACUCUCACAAAGAAGCUGACAGUGACAACAAUGAAACAGAGCUGGAAAGGGAAGAAGUCAUUGAUGUGUCUAGGUUAGCACCUGAAAGCAAUCACCGUUCCAGCCAUGUUGACUCAUGGCAUUCAGGUCCUGAGUUUAGGGUAUCUACACUACCCCAAGAGAAUGUGGAGGAUCUGAGUCCUGAUCCAAGAGAGAGCACAAGAGGUCAUCCAUCCAAUUCUUCCAAUGAAACUACAUCUCCAUCUUCAGAUCCUGGUAUUGAGGCAGAUCUCACCAGUAGAAAUCGAUUUAUGCCAGCUGGACACAGCAUCCAGGAUUUAAGCUCUCCUGGCUCAGAUUCAGAUAUAGAAGGUGAAAUAGAAGCAGCUUUUGCUUGUGAAGGUGGCAGGCUUGUGGGCAACAUGAUCUCAUCAAUAUCAGAAACAGAGCUUGAUUUGACUAGCGAGUCAAGCAGUGGUCGGUCCUCUCACCUCACCAACUCCAUCGAAGAGGCUAGUUCCCCAACCUCUGAUCCAGAACCGGAUCCCGUGGGAGAGGGAGGACUUCAAGGUCUAAAAGACUCUAUUUUACUUGAUAAGGAAGAUGAGAGAGGUCCUAUAAUGAUGGAGCCUGAGGAGAAAUACAAUACAUGGCAUGUAAAUGAACAAAGUUUAGGCAAGGUGGUAGCUGGUCAAAAUAAAGAACGUAGUUUGGAAAGUAUUCGAAGAUCCUUUUACUUACCAGUUGGUCCCAAGUUAAUGCCAGAGACAGAUGUAAACAGUGAAUAUGACUCAGACUCAGAAUCUGAAGCUGAUCUGAGUGAAGAUUCAGAUUCUCCUUGGCUGCUUAGUAACCUAGUUAAUAAGAUGAUUUCUGAAGGUUCAUAUCCUAUAACCUGCCCAGAUGAUUGUCUUCAGAGGCAGACAAGCCCAUCCUGUGACACUCUUUCUCCUGCCUCUGAAUUAGAUCCUGAGACUGUUGGGCAAGAGAUAGAUGCUGACCUUUCCACCCCAAAUGAUUCCCCAAAAGAAGUGGAUGAAGACCAACAGAGCAUAGAGCUUGUGGAUAUGGAGACUCUGCAACAUUCUCUGAGCCAUCAUGAUAGAGAAGAAAGUGGUCCUGGUUUGUAUGUCCUACAUGAUUCAUGUGACACAGUUACUCCAAUCUUUGAAGGACUUCCCCGCCAUCUGGAGGGAUUAUCUCAUACAGCUAAAUGUCGAUCCCAAUCUCCAGGACAUCAAAUUGAAAAGAAACCUUGGUCUAGGACAGAAGAAAUUUUACAGGAGCAAAGGGAUGGCUGGGAUAUUGACCGUGACUUAGAUUCUGGAAUUCUGGAAGAUAAUGAUCUUUGUGAUGAUCUCUGUCAAGAACUGGACCAAAAUCAGCCAACAAUGGACAUUUCGACAGCUAAAACUAACCGUGGCUUUAACCUAGAAUAUUCUGUUGAAGAUGAUGAAGACAUUCCUUAUUACAGAAGCCUGAAGGGAUCUCCUUAUCAGAAUUGUGUGGAAGAAGAAUCUUUUAUGGAGAACCAUACACCUGAAACACGACUUCUGGAUGACUCUUUGGCUUAUGACUCAAUGAAAUACACACUUGUGGUGGAUGAGCACACUCAGCUGGAACUGGUUAGCCUUCAGAGAUGUACUUCAAUAUUAAGUGAUGGUAGUGACCUCCUGAGAGCUUGCGAUAAUUGUGAUUUGGAGGAAGAUGAAUUUGGAGAUGAAGCUGAAGUUCAUGAACACGAAUCUUCAUCAGAAGACUCAUCACCAGAGCCCAACAUGCCUUUUUCCAAGAAGUUCCUCAAUGUCUUUGUAAACAGCACAUCACGGUCAUCAAGCACUGAAUCAUUUGGACUAUUUUCUUGUGUAUUAAAUGGAGAAGAGCGUGAACAGACACACCGAGCUGUUUUCCGGUUUAUUCCUCGUCAUGAAGAUGAGCUUGAACUGGAUGUUGAUGACCCAUUAUUGGUGGAAUGUGAGGACGGUUCUUGGUGUCAUGGCUAUAACAUGAGAACCGGGGAGAGAGGGAUCUUUCCUUCAUUUUAUGCCCAUGAGGUUGUCUGCCCUGUAAAAGAGAAUGUUGUUCUCAAAGGAAAUUCUCCCUGGGUCCAGAUGUUUGAUGUGCAGUUUUUGGGUUCAGUGGAGGUUCCACAUCAUCAAGGCAAUGGAAUCUUAUGUGCAGCUAUGCAGAAGAUUGCAACUGCAAGGAAGCUGACAGUACAUCUGCGACCGCCAGCCAGCUGUGAAUUGGAGAUUUCCCUGCGUGGUGUAAAACUCAUUCUAAGAGGAAAUGACAGGCCAGAGGAUGAACGCUGCAGUCAUUUCUUCCAGAUGAAGAAUAUUUCCUUUUGUGGUUGUCAUCCACGUAACAGCUGCUAUUUUGGCUUCAUCACAAAACAUCCUGUCCUCAAUCGAUUCGCGUGCCAUGUCUUUGUUUCCCAGGAUUCAAUGCGACGUGUAGCUGAAUGUGUGGGACGAGCUUUCCAAGAAUUCUACCAGGAACACGUGGAAUUCAGUUGCCCCACAGAAGAUAUUUACUUGGAGUAA